AUAAAACUCAAAAUGUUCAAGCUGUUCGCUCUUCUGUUCGCUGCCCUGUUCGCUGUUUCCUUGGCUGUUCCAGCGCCCGUUCCUCGUGCUGCACCUGUCCCAGUGCCCAUUGCCAGUCCGGAGCCGGCUCCACAGUUCUAUUAUGGCGGCAGUCCCUAUGGCUACUCUGCCUACUCUGGAUACGCCUCUCCAUAUGCCUACUACGGCUAAAUAUUACGCAUAGUGUGACGAUUAAUACCACCCCGACAAUGGACUUGUGAUAAUGGAAAUGGAUAAGCGCGCGCUGGUUAUUCUAAUUAGAUUUUUUUAUACUGAUAAAUGCUUAUAAAAAACACACAAAAAAAAUAAAUAAA